AUGCUGUCGAUCCUACGAAAGGCCCGGCUCAAGGAUAAGGAGAUGCGGAUCCUGAUGCUGGGGUUGGACAAUGCGGGCAAGACGACCAUCGUCAAGAAGAUUAUGGGGGAAGACGUCAACACGGUGAGCCCGACGCUGGGCUUCAUCAUCAAGACGAUCGACUACGAGGGAUACAAGCUCAACAUUUGGGAUGUGGGCGGCCAGAAGACGCUGCGGUCGUACUGGCGCAAUUACUUUGAGAAGACGGACGCCUUGAUAUGGGUCGUCGAUGCGACAGACCGGCUGCGCAUCAGCGACUGCAGGGACGAGCUGCAUGGUCUCUUGCUGGAAGAGCGUCUUGCGGGUGCAAGCUUGUUGAUCUUUGCGAACAAGACGGACGUUGACGGGUGCAUGGACGAGCAAGAGAUACGCACGGCGCUGCGUCUGGACGAGAUUCGGACGCACCAGUGGCACGUCCUGCGAUGCAGUGCCAUGACGGGCAAGAACCUGCAGGAGGGCCUGGCGUGGGUCGUGGCAGACGCGAAGAAGCGGCUGUUCCUGUACUGA